UUUAAUCAGGCAAGAGAUACAAUAAAUCAGAUCGAGCUUAACGAUAUAACGUUUGUCAAGUUAUUUUAUUUAAUAAUAAAUUUAUUCGUCACAGCGGCAGUCCACAGCAACUGGCAAUGUUCGAUGAAAAAUACGAAAAGGAUGACAUGGUGAUCGUUGAAGAUCCUUACGUGAGAGUGGAUUAUAGGGAAUGUGGUACAUCCACCGAUAAACUAUCGUCGAAAGCUGAAGCUUCGAGUUCGGAACAAGAGGGACCUACCAGAGAUCAUAACGAGCAGGAAAUAGAAACGUACGUGAAAGAAGUUGAAUUUAAUUCGACGUCGGAAGGCAAUGGUUCACGGUACUCUGUUGAUAAAUCGUUGUAUCGAACAAGCCAAUAUCAGUGCGGCGGUGAGUGUUGCGGGAGCAACGGGUGCUCCAUAUCGUCAGCAAACUUGAGUAACAGAGCAAACGUUACAUCCAACUCGUCGGUUGAUGCAAAGAAUGCUUUAAAGUAAAUGACACACCGUACAACGUGACAAAUGUUAAUGGGAAUAUCGUAAUUCCAUAAAGCGUCGUUUAAGAUCGUCUCGAAGCGUGGUGACUACGAAACUGCAGAAAAAGAUCGAAGACAGCGCGGAACACUUGUAUACGGUCGAUUAUACGAACUAUAAUUACGUAGGCGAACGUCCUAUGAAGCAAAUCAAUUCGAAUAAUAAUCGCAAAGUAGAUUUUCGCAGAGAACACGUAAAUGGCUACGAAGUAGGUACACGAGUAAUCGAUUGUUUCUAUAAUAAAUAAACUACCCUAUCUAUAAUAAAUAUUGGCAGUGUUUUGAGAACAUUUUCUAUUUUACUAUUAGUAACUUUGUAUUUUGUUUGCGUUUGUCAGAAACACGAAGGAAAUGGACGCUCGCA